AUGCUGGAAAACCUUGGGAUGUUGGAUUCUCCUUCUGGCGACUCGAAUGCUUUGAAGAAAGAUGUGUCUGACUUGAUGGCAGAUGCACGUAAAUCAAGGAAAGCAGUUUUCAGACGAACAAUCGAUUAUAAUGCUUCCGCUAUCAACUACCUUCAAAACAGAAUUUGGGUCAGUAGGGACAUAGACCGUCCAAUGCUUCAGCCGGAUUACUUGUGGAGUCCUAAGUUGUGUCCUCCUAGGAGCUACAUGGAUUCUCCCAUGAAUUGCGUCAUGUCGAAGCCUGUUCGUACAUCUACUAAUAAGAAUAAAUGUCCUAUAUAUUGCGUUUGUUGGACACCUGAAGGGAGGCGGUUGAUAACAGGAGCUUUCAGUGGUGAAUUUACUUUGUGGAACGGUUUGACGUUCAAUUUUGAGACUAUUUUACAGGCCCAUGAAUCGCAAAUCCGUUGUAUGAAAUGGUCUCACAACGAAGAAUGGUUACUCACUGCUGAUCAUUCUGGAUAUGUAAAGUAUUGGCAAGCUAAUAUGAACAAUGUUGAAAUGUAUCAAGCACAUAAGGAACCAAUUCGUGGCGUAAGUUUUUGCCCAUUCGACAAUAAAUUCGUUACCUGCAGUGAUGAUUCUACCGUACGUAUUUGGGAUUUUCAUCGUUGUGCUGAGGAGCGCGUGCUCCGAGGUCACGGUUCUGAUGUUCGUAGUGUAGCAUGGCAUCCUGUCCUUUCUCUUAUAAUAUCUGGUAGCAAAGAUGCACAGCAACCUAUCAAAUUGUGGGAUCCCAAAACAGGCGAAUCUGUAUCUACAUUGUAUGUACAUAAAAAUACAUGUACAGAUGUUUCUUGGAAUGAUAAUGGCAACUGGUUCUUAACUGCAUCCAGAGAUCAUUUGAUUAAAUUAUUUGAUCUACGCAAUCUUAAAUCAGAGUUACAAACUUUUCGGGGUCAUAAACGUGAUGUCAUGCGUGUUGCAUGGCAUCCAUUUCAUGAAUCCUUGUUUGUAAGUGGUAGUGCUGAUGGUGCUAUUUUUUACUGGCUCGCUGGGACGGAUACUGAACUUGGAGCUGUAGACAACGCUCAUGAAAGCAUGAUUUGGAGUCUCGCUUGGCAUCCGUUUGGACAUAUUUUAGUUUCUGGGGCAAAUGAUUUUGCCACAAAAUUCUGGACGCGCAAUCGGCCAGGUGAUGUUCUCAAAGAUACAAUUAGUGCAGUUGGUCCAGAUAACCUUGUUCAAGCCGUCAGUGCAACAAAUUUAUUAGCUAACACAUAUUCAUUUGGAGACCCAGAAGUAGUCGAUAAUUCAUUUAAUAUUGACCUGUUUAAAUUACUCACGGAGACACCUAUCUCCUCCAACCGGAUAGAUACUCUUGAUGAUUUAGCAUUUUCUACUAAUCCAAAUGACUUGAGCACAACUGAAAUACCCGGACUUAAUGAAGGACCGGUAACAGACUUAAACAUAACUGAUACUGAUGAUCCUGAAGAGCGUGAGAAAAACAAACUCCGGAGUUCUCGGACUAUUCCGAAGGAAUUUGCUGCCAAUUGGGCAAGUACACGGAUCACAGCAAUGCCAACUGUAAUGAUGGCCACACCGAGUCCGUCAGCAAUCGCUGCUGCAGCCGCAGCGGCGGCUGCUGCUGUCAGCAAUCUAAAUGCAACGCCGCAGUAUUUGCCUCCAGUUAAACCACCCGCUUUGAAUAAAGAAAGGCUAGCGCAAAGUGCUGCCCCAAUCAACCCAUCAGAACCUGAAGCUAUCGUAGAUCAAAUACAAGACAGAGGUUUUUGUAAGCCCAACCAAACACCCUUUGUUGAGCAACCAAUUAGUGAGAUGAACAAUGGCGUUUCCACUCAUAAGUAUGACCAACCACCUUUCUCAGAACCACUGCCACCGAGGGUUUUGGAACAACAUGUACCGAUUCCUGAACAUAAUGUAGACCUCAGAAAUAAUACAAACCCAUCAUUAGACUGGAAUCAACGAAAUGAAGAACUCUCUUUACAAACUGAACACAACGCACCUUUACAAACAGAACAACCAAACAAUCUAUACCGCGAGCCAUUCAGUGGGCCUCCGCAACUGUAUAACGAACAAGAGAACUUUUUGGAAUCAAAGCCAUUUCCCAGGCAUAGAGAAGACAGAGAUUACAGAGAUCAUGAACACAGCGAGCAAUUUAACCGGCCUUUUCCUGAAAAUGACCAUUACUUUAAUGGACCUCCUGGUGGCUUCAACAGUGGAUCGUAUGGCCAUCAUAAUCGUAAUAUGAUUCCUAACGAUCAAAUGCAUCCAGGAGAAAGGGGUCGACCAUUUUCUCCUAAUAUGGAGAAAUAUCCUUACGACCGAAGGGGUGAUCGACCUCCACCGAUGAGGCAGAACUAUGAUGAAGAUAGUUGGGGUAGGAGAUGGCCAGAUAACAGAAACACUCCUGAUCGGUUAGACUAUCCCCAGGGUCCACCUAGACGUCCUCCGCGAGAACACAGGCCGCCACACCCAGAUUUUUACCCUGAUCCUCGACAUCCGCUCCCUCCUAACUUUGUCCCUCCGCAUAAACGUCCACCUCCAAUGGGACCUGGUGGUCAACCGCCUGACCAUAUGAGAAAAUAUCCCCGACAAGACCCUUCUCGAAGCAAACCACCAUGGACUGGUUACAAUCGGUGGUAG